ACACAUUUCAUUUCUAACCAAUCUUAGAGCAUUAAACAUGUCUCUUAAGAUUUCUUAUAUUCUAAUUUUAUCAUUAGCAAUUUUAUUAAUCACAGAAGGAUUUCCAAUUAGAAGACUUUUAGAACUUGACGAGGAGAAGACAGUCUGGGAAAAAAUUCUCCCUCACAAGCCAAGAUUAGCAAAGAUUAUUAUUUGCAGUGCACUUAUCAUGACAGGUUCGUUGGUCUUAGGACUUGGCGUUUUUCUCAUAGCCUGGCUGAGAGCAACAAACAAAUGGGUUACAGUGCAAGAAGAAAUUUUUGAUGGCAAAAGAAGACUUAGAUAUCCAAGUGCCAUAGAUGAUCUGAGAGGAUUACAUCUUCCAUCAGAACACGUGAAAAAGUCUAAAAUGAAGAGGCAUACGAUCACGGAUGAUGAAGUAGAUCCUAAGAAAACUCUGCAAAUGUUGAAAAGAAAGAAGGAAUUGAUAAGAGAGGCAAAAAAGCGCAAGAGAGAUAUAGCGCGCCGACAAAAAAUGGAGGAUGAAAUAGCUGUCAUACAGCAGAGACUUGAUGAAAACCUGGCCCAGGACCAUAGUGGACCAUGCAAAGCCCAGGUUAGGAGAGAGAAAACAGAGGCCGCCAUCAAGCUGAUUUUGACGUCAUUAUGACACUGCUUAUGGCACUACCUGCAAUAGAAUUUGAAGAAGGAGGUUGCCCCGAAACGUUUGCUGAGAUAUUCAAGAAGACCACGCACUGAUAUAUACUAUUUCCACAAGUGGCUGAGAUCCAAAUAAAAAUCUUUACAAAUCCA